AUGAAUGAUGUUUCGUGUGGGGAGAGCAGCUCCUACGUUGGGCGAGAUUACACAGCCGAAUUUACGACUGACCAGAUAUUUGAAACUAGAGCUGUGAUGGUAGAUUGGGUGCGAAGAGUUGGAAAGGAAAAUAGUUUUGUGAUUGUUCUAAGUAAAUCUGCUAGUAUAAAGGGCAACAAGAUGCCGAAAUGCAUUUUUAUUUGUGAAAGGGGAGGAUUGUACAGACCGCCACCGGAAGGGCAUUCAAUGCAAAGGAUUACUGGAACUAAAAAAUGUGAUUGCCCGUUUAAGCUGCGAGGUGUACCACAACCUCCAGACGGUGUCAUGUGGAGUUUGAAGGUUGUUAAAGGUUUUCAUAACCAUGAACCAGCUGAAAGUUUUGAGGGACAUGAGUACCCGUCAAGGUUAACCCCAAUCCAGCAGCAAUUAGUUCGUGACAUGUCUAGCAGUACCGCGCCUCGAAAAAUUCUUAAUUUCCUGAGACAACAAGACUCGUCAAUUAGUACAGGAAUCAGGAGUAUUUACAAUGUGAAGGCACAAUAUAAGAAAGAACAACUAGGGGGUCUAUCUCCUAUUGGGUACGUCUUGAAUGAAUUAAAGGAGAAAAAUUACAUUUACGACUAUCAUACAAAUGAACACACCAACGAAAUCACAGAUAUUCUUUGGGUUCAUCCUAGAAGCCUAGAGCUAUCUGUCAAUUUUCCGUCCGUGUUGAUUAUUGAUGCGACAUACAAGAGUAAUGAGUAUCGGAUUCCACUCUUGGAAGUUGUGGAACGACUGAUAUGGGCAUUGGAUACUUUAAAGAGAUGGAUGAUUGGAAAAGGGGCAACGUUGCCAUCGGUGGUUGUUUCAGAUAGGGAUCUGGCACUUCUUGGCGCCAUUGAAAUAUGUUUUCCCUUCGCACAACACAUCCUUUGUAUUUGGCACAUAAAUCAGUGUGUAAUAAAAAAGUGCAGCCCUAUGCUUGGUACGAGGUGGGACGAAUUUUCAGAGGCACGGCAGUUGCUUAUUUAUUCAUCGACACCGAUGUCUUUGCAACAGAGGUGGAAUGCCAUGUGCGAAAAGUUUGAGCAAUACUCUGAUGCCAUGCAAUACCUUUGGGACACAUGGUUAGGUCCUUACAAAGAGCGAUUUGUUGCAGCAUAUAUAAACCAAUUUAUGCACCUUGGGAGCAAUUCAAGCCAAAGGGCAGAGUCUGCGCAUGCGAGGCUCAAACGAUAUUUGGGAGAUACCAUGUCCUCGCUUCAAACAUCUUUUCAGAAAAUAGAAAAGAUGUUGACCAGUCAAUUCGGGGAUAUUCAGGGAUCAUUCCAAAAAUCUCUCAACAUUCCACGUCACAUACAUCUACAUGAAGGCAUUUAUAGUGAAAUCAGAGGCCGCAUUUCAUUACAGGCAAUGAAUUUGAUCCAUAAGCAGGCACAACGCACUGAAAACGAAGCCGACCUUUGCUUUUGUAAGAUCAAAAGGACACACGGAUUGCCAUGCUUUCACGAUAUUGCACUUUAUCGUUCUGUGGAUAGACCAAUUCCUCUAAGCUCUAUCCACCCUCACUGGAGUACAUUGUCCAUGCACGCCCAGAGGCAUACUGAUGAAGGAGCACGAUCCGACAGGGCAGCUCAGCUUAUUGAAAGAUUAAAUGAAAUGGAUUCCGACAGUCGAGAGUCUAUGAUAGACAGGUUUCUUGAUAUGGCGGAUCCAUCUCGUUGCACAGUUCGACCUCCAGCAUACAACACAGAACACAGGGGUCGACCUACAGGCAGGGAUGAGCAGAAUAGAGGUCGUAUACCUUCCUUCACAGUAUCCCCUUCAGAAUCUCGAGACUCACGUAUUCCAACAUCACAAGGGAGCAAUAGGAGGGAUCACCUCGUUCAGAAAUUUCCUCAGCAGUAUCAGCGUUAUAUUUCCCACUGUGUUGACGUUCGAGCUGAUGGUCAUUGUGGCUUUAGGGCGAUAGCCGCGCAACUCUAUGGUUCUGAAGAUGAAUGGGCUCAAGUACGACAGGACCUUAUCCAAGAGAUUGAACAAAAUAGGGUCAUGUACGAUCAGGUUUAUCCAGAACGUAAUUAUGUAUCACAGGUGCUACAGAGACUUCGUUGCUUCCAGCCAUCGGCACCAGAGGAUCAUUGGAUGGAUUCUAUAUCAUUGGGACUUGUCAUCGCAUCAACGUACAACGUUGUACUACAUACAUUCGAUAUGAUUGCUUCGAGUUGUUUCACUUACUUGCCGUUGAGCUCUCAUCCGGUUCCAUUAGAAGCGCGCACACAUAUAACUAUUGGCCGUGUUAAUGGCAAUCACUUCGUGCAAGUUUCCCUAUACCGUCAUUACCCUGUACCACCCAUCAUCAUAUGGUGGAGGCCAAAUGCAUCAAAUGAAGCACAAGGAUGGGCUCAUCCUUAUGAAACACGUCUCCAAUUGUGGUACGAAGUGAUGCAGAUAGAUCCGCCGGGACGACAACCACAAUUUGGCGGAAAUAUUGAUUAA